AUGGCAAAUCUUCCAUCACCCUUCGGCGAAAUUCCUCGCGCCAAAUUAUUAUUUGAUCGGCCUUUGGUCAUUGAGCCGCUCUCGCAGCUAACAGCAACCCUCCGUUCCGGAACACAUCUGUGGAUUCAGCAUGAAGACUGCAACUCUGGCCUGGCGCUUGGUGGCAAUAAAGUUCGGAAACUCGAGUACGUACUAGCUGAUGCCCUUGCUCAGGGUGCAGAUACGAUUGUGACUACGGGCGGGAUCCAAUCGAACCACAUGAGUCAGACUGCUGCGGCUGCAGCCCGACUCGGCCUUCAAGUUGCUCUGUAUCCAUGCAGUUUGGCCGAGGCGAAGGAUGCCGACUACAAUUAUGCCGGCAAUGUUCAAGUACAGGAUAUCAUCGGGGCCGAAAGAUUCGCUGUUGACACGGGUGAAGAGUUCGUCAUUGGAACCCUCAAGAAGCGUGGGAGGAAGCCGUAUUCUAUCCCUACAGGUGCAAGUACUCAUCCGUUAGGCGGCUUAGGAUUUGCCCGCUGGGCAUUUGAGUUGCUUGAGCAAGAGUUGAUACUCGGUGUGACAUUUGACGUUAUUGCGGUAGCAGCGGGCUCCGGCUCAACAUUAGGGGGGAUGGUUGCUGGUUUCAAACUUGCACAAAAGGUGGGACGACAGACCUCGGUGAAGAGAUUGAUUGGAUUCUCAAUAUUUAACCCGUCAGAGGAGGAGACGACGGAGUUAGUAUUGGGUAUCGCCAAAGCUACGGCUUCUAAAAUCGGACUCUCCCCCGACGAAAUCACCAGAGAUGAUUUUGAGGUGAACAGCUCCUACCUCGGAGGUGCAUAUGGACAUCUCGAUGAGCUCACUUCCUAUGGCAUCAAAGAGUUGGCAAGACUGGAGGGAAUUCUGACAGACCCAGUUUACACGGGAAAAGCAUUCACUGGAAUGUUACAUACUGCGAGGUCUGGUGAGUUCAGUGGGAAAAAGGUCUUGUUUUGCCAUACGGGGGGCCAAGCCGCUCUCAGUGCUUACCCGCAGUUGAGGUAGAGGACGCGUCUUUCGUCGCGUAGUAGACUCUCCAUCUGCCACAUCGUAUAGUUGGAGGCAAUUAGUUUUAAACCAUCUCUUGUAUCGGCUUUAUGACUAGCCCAGUUUAGCUGGCUCUUGAGCGAUGAAGCACCCAAGACCAAGUAGGGUUUUUGGCCAGUCUAUUGAUAUUAAAUACCAGAUUCCGUUGGUUUGCUAGAGUAGCUGUAGCCUCUGUAGGUUGCGACUCCAUUCAAAUAAGCAUG